CGGCGGGAGGGAGCGCGCCAGAUGCAAAAGCCUGAGUAGCUCCACUGUGAAAGACGGCAAGAUGGCGGACCUAGAGGCAGUUCUGGCGGACGUCAGCUAUCUCAUGGCCAUGGAGAAGAGUAAAUCUACUCCAGCGGCCAGAGCUAGCAAAAAAAUCAUUCUACCAGAUCCAAGUGUGCGAUCGGUGAUGCACAAAUACCUGGAAGAGAGGGGGGAGGUCACCUUUGAUAAGAUCUUCAACCAGAAAAUAGGGUUCUUGCUGUUCAAAGAUUACUGUGAGAAUGUGAUUGAGGAGCCAGUUCCCCAGCUACAGUUUUAUGAAGAGACGAAGGCAUAUGAACACAUGGACGAGGAAGACGAGCGGUUGAAGGCUGCCCGACACAUCUACGACACCUACAUCAUGAAGGAGCUGCUGUCAUGUUCCCAUAAAUUCUCGGAGAGUGCUGUUGAAUAUGUGCAAACUCGGCUGCUCAAGCAAGAAGUCCCAGUCGACCUGUUCGAGCCCUACAUUGAAGAGAUAUGCAACAGUUUACGAGGAGAAAUAUUCCAGAAAUUCCUAGAAAGUGAAAAGUACACACGAUUCUGUCAGUGGAAAAAUUUAGAGCUGAACAUCCAGUUAACAAUGAACGACUUCAGCGUACACAGAAUUAUCGGCAGAGGUGGCUUUGGUGAAGUGUAUGGAUGCCGUAAAGCAGACACAGGCAAAAUGUAUGCAAUGAAAUGCCUGGACAAGAAGAGAAUCAAAAUGAAGCAGGGAGAGACACUGGCAUUGAAUGAGCGUAUCAUGUUAUCCUUAGUUAGUACGGGGAUGGUAGGGCAGGCGGACUCCCCCUUCAUAGUGUGCAUGACAUACGCAUUCCAGACUCCCGACAAAUUGUGCUUCAUUCUGGAUCUUAUGAAUGGCGGAGACCUUCACUACCACCUGUCCCAGCAUGGUGUCUUCACGGAGGGAGAGAUGAAGUUCUACGCAGCAGAGAUUAUCCUGGGGUUAGAGCACAUGCACAGCAGGAGCAUCGUGUACAGGGAUCUCAAGCCUGCCAACAUUCUGCUGGAUGAACAUGGACAUGUCAGAAUAUCAGACCUGGGUCUGGCUUGUGACUUCUCCAAGAAGAAGCCCCAUGCCAGCGUGGGUACUCACGGGUACAUGGCUCCUGAAGUCUUGGCCAAGGGCCAGGCGUAUGACUCGAGUGCAGACUGGUUCUCCCUGGGCUGUAUGCUCUUUAAACUACUAAAAGGACACAGCCCAUUCCGACAGCACAAGACGAAAGACAAACACGAGAUUGACAGGAUGACCAUGACCAUGGUAAGGGAUGUGGACCUGCCCGACUCCUUAUCCUCGGAGUGCAAGGAACUGCUGGGGGGUUUGCUCAAGAGAGAUGUCAACGAUAGGCUCGGCUGCCAAGGGAGAGGAGCUGAGGAGGUGAAGACACUGAGAUUUUUCAAGGACAUCGAUUGGGCCAAAGUGUACCAACUCAAGUACCCCCCACCCCUGGUGCCCCCUCGGGGGGAGGUCAAUGCUGCAGAUGCCUUUGACAUUGGGUCAUUUGACGAGGAGGACACCAAAGGCAUCAAACUAACGGAGGCUGAUCAGGAGCUGUAUAAGAACUUUCCACUGGUGGUGUCUGAGAGGUGGCAGCAGGAGAUCGCUGAAACUGUAUACGAUGCAGUCAACACUGAUGCUGACAAGAACGAGGCCAAGAAACGGGCCAAGAAAAUGAUGGAUGAGAAAGAAUAUGCAGAGGGGAAAGACUGCAUCAUCCACGGCCACCUGCUGAAGCUAGGCGGCCCAUUCCUGACCGCCUGGCAGAAGAGGUACUUCUGGCUCUUCCCUAACCGCCUGGAGUGGCAGGGGGAGGCCGAGAAAGGGGACGUCGUCCAACAGAAUAAUGUUUUAGUUCUUGAGUCUGUUUUGGCGGUGGAGGAGACGACAGUCAAGGGCAACAAGUGUAUCCAGCUGAAGGUCAAGGGCGGGAAGCAGUUUCUCCUUCGUCCUGAGAGUGACCCAGAGUUUGUCCAGUGGAUGAAGGAGAUAAAGGACGCCCUGAUGGAGGCUCAGCGCGUCAUGAGCAUGGCGCCCAAACAGUUCGCUAAGUCCAGCUCCAGCUCUGCGUCUGACCUCGGGAAAGUCCCUCUGGCGCAGAGAAACAGCAACGGGAACUGACAUCCGACAGGGAAAUCCAUAAACCCGUAAAUGUAGCACACAAAUGUACACCCAGAACCAUCAUGGACAUGUACACCGUCCAGCCAGCUGCCCACUGUAACCUGUACACCCCUAUGAAGCAGUGGUGCAAUCCACAGCCGCUAUAAAUGUUUGCAGUGGUGUUUUUUCUAGUCUCCUUAUAGAUAUUCACCUUCAAAGUUGGUGUAUUAAUUUGUACUCAAUAUGAGUAAGGAUAAAGGACUGUAACUGUUACAGUCUCUCAUUGUAAACUUGAACAAGAAGAAUCACCUGAACAGAAAGAUAGAAGAGUUCUUGCAAGAAAGCUUGAUCUCGGUCACAAUUGAAAUGCUUUCUUUGCUUGUAUCCUUCUUUCAUGUGCAGCAUAAAUAUCUCACCAAUUGUGAAGACAUUGGUUAGAGAUAGAAGAAGACACCAUUAUGCUUCAUGGGGGUGGUUUGUACAGGGGUAAGUGCGGAGUAACCUUGUACUAAUCCUACACCUUGGUCUAAUAACUCACUCCUGUGACGUGCAAUAUGUGAUAUAUAUACCUUUGUAGACAAAAGCCAUUCAAUACAUCAUAGGUGGUGAGAGCUGGGAAGUUGCUACAUUUAGUACAUCAAUCCCAGGUCACACAGACGUCACUAUGGCAGUAUAGAUCUUGAUCAUGUGAUCAGGACAUUGUGCCAUUUGCAGAAUCUUCAACCCAUCCCAUCAUGCAACAGUGCUGUGGCAUUGCCAAAUAUGGCUUGGCCCCUAUCACAUGACCAUGUCAUACUUGUAUGACCUUGGAGUUGGUGUGAAUGUAGCCACGUUCUUAAAGGUAUUUAGACAACAUAUUUGUAAGCUUGGGAUGUAGAUUAUGAUAAAGUUAAUACACUUUUAGGUAUGAAGCAAAAGACUGGAGACUAAAUGUAAAAAACUUUACAAGCGAUGUGUUUACAUCAUUGAUAGAAAAUAUCCCUUAAGUCCAGCAUAUUUUUUAAAAUUUAACCAAAAAAGUUCAAACUUUACCUUUAAUAUGUUGCAGUCUUAAAAGUGAUUUAUCUUUGUAGAGAUUAGUGUUCCUUGAGGAUUUCAUGAUAUUUUAAAGAAACAAAUAGUAAGUUUACCUAAAGUCUGGUCUGGCCCUGUCAGCAACUUCAGGUAAUGCUAAAAUUUUAUGGUCUAGAUUGAGAAUAUCAUGGUUCUAAAACACUGUUUAGCCCCUUCCCUUAAAGGUACAAGCAUAUCUUGAUGGAAAAGUAUUGUAGGAUUGUGGCAUAAGCAUUUUUUGGAUGGACAGAUUGAAGACAGUGACUGCUGGAAAAUAUCAGAAAUAAUGCCACUGUGUGAAGUAACUUCUAUAAACCUUUUAAACUUCAGACAUUUUUGUUGAUCUUGUUGCAAAUAAUGAUUUUUUUUUUUAAAUUUCGAGAUACAUGACAUUAUUGAGAUAAAAUUUGGGUCCAGGGCAUGUUCCUGUCAGUAUUGGUAAGUAUAGUUGGGUACAUUGUGUAUAAAGUACUAAAAUAUAUUGAGUAAUUACUUAAUUAAGACUAUAAGCUUAUUCUUGUCAUUGGUGUAUGAUUUAGAAAUAACUUGAAGGCAGUGUCACUUAAUGGUAAAUCAUUUCCUACGCAUUGCAAUGUUGGCUCCAAGACAACAAAAA